AUGGAUCAAGAAAAUGAUAGAAUAGUUUCUCGUUUAUGGAGAGCUUUUAGAACCGUCAAGGAAAUGGCUUUAGAUCGUGGUUAUUUCAUUGCCACUGAAGAAAUAACUAUGAAUCUUGAAGAAUUUAGAUCAAAAUAUUGUGAUGCUAUGGGACGUCCUCAAAGAAAAUUAAUGUCAUUUCAAGCAUCUCCAACUUCUGAAUCAUUAGGUCAAUUCCCAAAUAUGGGUUCAUUAUGGGUUGAAUUUUGUGAUGAAGCAAGUGUUGGUAUUAAAACUAUGAAGAAUUUUGUUAUUCAUAUUAGUGAAAAAAAUUUUAGUGUUGGUAUAUUUAUUUAUCAAAAUGGUAUUACACCAAGUGCAAAUAAAUUAAUUCCAACUGUUGCACCUGCAGUUAUUGAAACUUUCCAAGAAAGUGAUUUGAUUGUUAAUAUAACACAUCAUGAAUUAGUUCCAAAACAUAUUGUUUUAUCAGAUGAUGAAAAAAAAGAAUUAUUAGAAAGAUAUAGAUUAAAAGAAUCUCAAUUACCUCGUAUUCAAAGAGAAGAUCCAGUUGCUCGUUAUUUGGGUUUAAGAAGAGGUCAAGUUGUAAAGAUUAUAAGAAGAAGUGAGACUAGUGGUCGUUAUGCAAGUUAUAGAAUAUGUUUAUGA